AUGCCUCAAAUCCCGGGAACGUUUUACCGCCAGUCCUCCAGCGUGAUCAUCGCAACAUUCGUCAUCAGCUCCGGUUCGCAAACGGGCACGUAUACUUUCUUCGGCACGCUCCUCAGCACAGUCAACCCCUUCACAACCAACAAUGUCACCCUCCAGUACAGCGACAUCGGCAAGUUGGUAGGGCACCAUCAGUUCAACGGCUACUUCGGGGAGCAGAAAUUCGAGCUCAUUCUCGAAAACGGCCCGAUUAUCUCGGGUGACAUAAACGCCCCUUUCUACAUCCCACCCACAUCCAUCUCUGGGUACGGAGUCUGGGAGCCGUCGGAUUAA